UCAACUGUCAGUCAUCUGAAGAAAAUCAUGUAUCUUCUUCAAACCAAAGCUUUUAAUUGAAAAUUCGAAUUUUCGAGAAUAUAAAUUACAAUACUUUCUUUCCUGUUACGUAAAUAGUCACUAGAUUAUUUUAAAUAAAUUUAUUAGUUGUCUUUUAUUUUUUAAAAGCAACAUUAAUAUCAUUGGGAUCUAUUGCAUCACCAAUAAAUUGUCUUACAUGGGCAUAAUUAUAGUAAAUACCCGAAAGAAAUGCCUUCUCAUGGAAUCGAUGAAGAGGAAAAACCAUGCAGAGCGUGUACGGAUUUCAAAACUUGGGCUAAAAAGCAAAACAGGGUUACAUCUCCCUCGCCGAGUAAACAGGAUAUACCUAAAAGAACAGAUUGCCCUUUAGACAAAGAUGAAUUGGGACGGUCAUCCUGGGGAUUCCUGCACUCUAUGGCAUCAUAUUUCCCAGAGAAGCCCACACACUCACAGUCAAGUGACAUGGCUAGAUUCUUCAACAUCUUUGCACAAUUCUAUCCAUGUGAACCGUGUGCUUUAGACUUUCAAGAAGACAUAAAAAAGAACCCACCAAAAACAAGCUCCAGAGACGAGCUGGCAAAAUGGCUGUGUGAACGUCACAAUACUGUAAAUGUUAAACUUGGUAAACCCAAAUUUGACUGCAGCAAAGUACACGAGAGGUGGCGAGAUGGCUGGCUCGAUGGUUCCUGUGAUUAAUAAAGUCACUUUGUAAGAAAAAUGUUGCCAUAAUAUAUGCCAUUAUAUUUAUUUUAUAUUGAAUAAUUAAAAUAUACCCAAGUUACCCAAUAAAGGUCUAAAAACUACCAAUUUAGAGGUAUUAUAAUAAUUUUUUUAUUCACUUGGUAAAUAUCAAAUAUCUACAAUUUAAACAUUUUAAGAAAUAAAAUGGCAACAUUUUUUAUUGAUAUGUUAGUACAAUAAAUUAGUGUUGCUCGGUUUUAGUAUGAGAUUUUAAAGGAUUUUUGUUGCUGUACACUUUACAAUUUUGUGUAAUUGUGCAUUUUGUAAAAAAAAGUAGUUCAAGUUUUAUAAUGUAUUUUGUAUAUAGAUGUAUGUGAAUGCGCACAUGUUUCUGAAUAUAUGACUUAUUAAAAUAA